AUGGCUUCUCCGGAACCAACUCUUCAGAUCUCAGAAGAUCCACCACCGCCCGUACUAGAGCAGGAAGAGGAGGUCACUGAACAGGGGAAGGCUGAAAACGAAGAAGAUCAUCUUGAAGGCACGUCUUCUCAAAACGUGAUGGCUAGCGAUCGCUUGGCUGCUCCAGCUCCAGUUCGUAGUCCGCCAGAGAGGAUGGUAGAUCCAAAAGAUAAGCCCGUGUUGGAUCAGGAGAGAUAUCUGCCCAUUGCCAACGUUACUCGUCUGAUGAAGGGACAAAUGGAUCCGCAAGCGAAGCUGGCGAAGGACGCGAAGGAGUGUGUGCAGGAGUGUGUAUCAGAGUUUAUCACCUUCGUCGCUUCUGAAGCCGCCGAGAUUUGUAAUCAGCAGAAGAGGAAGACGAUUAUGGCAGACGACCUCCUUACCGCAAUGGAAUCUCUCGGCUUUGAUAAUUUCGCUGAGCCAAUGCGAAUCUUCCUUCAGAAGUACCGCCAAGUGCACCGAAUCACCGGCCCCUACCACGUCCACCAUCCCAACUACAAGCGACCUCCUCAGUUCGAGAAUGAUCCACCAGUGCCGCCUCUCUUCUUCGAGACGCCAAAUGGGAGAAGAUGCACCGAAACGAAAUAUGUGAUCAAUGGUACAGAGGUCAUAAAGGACGCUCCAUUCGACAACGAAUGGAACGAGGAGACUGGAAAUCACGGUGGAGAUCUUCUUCAGAGGGAACUGGCUAAUGAGAAUGGUCAAGAGAUGGAAGAAGUCAUUCAUUAUGAGCGUAACGGUGAUGAAAUGGAAGAAGGAUCUUCGGAACCAAUAUUAGGAGAAACAAUAACAAUCACAAUGGACCAAUUCACCGACGACGAUGAUGUCAAUCAGCCAGGAGCCAUUGCUUUAGAACAGCAACAACAAAUGCAAAUCUACUACGAUCCGCAAUCCAAACGACAUUAUGCUGCCAAAGAGACACCGAAUGGAAUGGAACUCUAUCCACUGGUCAUUCAGGACAAGCCUCUUCAUUUGGAGAAUGUGGAGACUGGGGAUAAUCAAUUCAUGAUGAGCAUAGAAGACGACUCCAACGAAGGGACAAUUGUUCAGUUCGGCGAGCCGUUGACGCCUGAUGUGGAGCCAGUCCAGCAGCAAGUGAAUCAUCAGCAACGACACCAUCCUCAUCAAUCCCGCCAAUCCUCCUCCAGCCAACGAAACCACGCCAAACGACGAAGAGUAAUAGCAGAGGACUAUCAAGAACAGCUGCCCGAAGACUCAACGGUACAACAGAUGGCUCACGAAGAAAAGCUGCGAAGGAUCAAGCAGAGAGAGCGCGAUGAAUUCGAAGCGCGGCGUCAGCAACAAAUUAGGCAUGAACAGGAAGAAGCUCUCCGACGGCAACGACAAGCGGCAACGCCGAGGAGUCGAGCAGCCCAUGUAAGAAUGCAACGGAUUGAGGAGGAUCACGAUGAUGAUGAGGUGCCGCCCAUUAACCAAACAGAGAAAGCGGUGCCAGUGCCAUCGCCACGUGUCAGAGCACCGGCUCCCGUGCCACCUCAUCGUAUGAUGGGUGUCGGCCCGAAGAGAACUCCACCGAAAAGGAAAAGGAAUUCGUAG